UUAUCAAUAUGUGUGUAACCAAGAGAUCAUCCCCGAACAGAGGACAUAAAAAAUUUAGUUAUCAAAAAAUACAUAGCAAUUAUAUUUAAUGGUCAUAAAGUAUGGUAUGGAUGAAUUUUUUAGAAAUCAUUACCGCUGAUAUAAAAUAAUUUCAAAAUUAACAACAACCAAAAAAAAAAAAAAUCCAAAUAUGACUAAUUUAGACAUCCAUGAUUCAGCAUUAUAAUAACCAAGUAUGACUAAUUUAGGAACAAUUUUUUGGUUACUAAAAAGUGAUGGUUUACCAGCAAAAGUAGUGGGUCCCAGAUAGAAGACACGUCAGAAUCCAAAAUACCCGCGUGCCAAUAAAACAGCUUAUCAAACCCGUGUGUGAUGUGUGUGUCCAAUUGGCAUCCGCACAUACGUCGACGAGCCACUCCGGUAUAUAAAUCCACCCAUCCGCACUACUUUCUCUCUCUAAGACCACAAACACCUGAGACAGAGACAACAAACUCCUCUUCUCAAAACCUCCACAGUAAUCCCAACAUGCAAACUCCAUACAACCGACCCAAACACGACGGCGCUCCGCCACCUCAGCCGCCGUCGCCUAUGACCCACGACCAGGAACUCUCCGUCAUGGUCGCCGCCCUCAAGAACGUCAUAAACGGCGACUCCUCCGCCGCAGACUCGAGUCAUGACAUGUCCGAUGGCAAUUACUGCGAAACAUUCCUGCGGCUAUCUGAUCCGGACACGUGUCAGGUCUGCAAAAUCAACGGCUGUCUGGGCUGCAACUUUUUCGCGCCAGUUCAAGAAGAGAAAAAGAAGACUGGUUUGACGGUGACGAAGAGGAAGAAGAAGAAUUACAGAGGAGUGAGACAGAGGCCGUGGGGGAAGUGGGCGGCCGAGAUUCGGGAUCCGCGGCGGGCAGCUCGGGUCUGGCUUGGGACGUUCGAUACGGCGGAGGAGGCUGCGCGGGCUUACGACAAGGCCGCCAUUGAUUUCCGGGGGCCCAGAGCCAAGCUCAAUUUUCCUUUCCCUGAUUACACAUUGCGAGAAAGUGGGUCAGAGGAAGGGAAUUCGGAAAGGAGUGGAAUGGAAUCGGGAAGCGGAGAGGGGAAGGGAAUGUGGGAGGAGGUGAUUGGAGUUGAUGAAGUUCAGAAAUGGAUGGUGACUAUGGAUUGCAAUGGUGGUUCAUCUGAUUCUGCUACUACUGAGAAUGUUCACAGUGUCUAGUUGUAGGACGAGGUGGCUUUUUUUUUUUUUUUGGCUUUUUUUAAAAAUAAAAAAAAAAAUUUAUGUCUACUGGCUAUAAUUUUUCCAAACCAGUUUAGAAAUCACUUACCCAAAUAUGUAUAUAUAUAUAUAUAUAUACAUAUAUAAUUUUUAACAACUGUUUGUACCUUGUAGUGUUUUUCUUCUUUUAAUUUCUUUCCCGAAAAUGGAAUUUUAAAUUUUGUUAGAAUGGUUAUUUAUUACUCUCUCUUUACCAAUCUACCUAUCAUUUAAUUUG